CCGCGACGUUCUGUCCGCGAUACAAUUCGGCGUGAACUUAUCGUACUCUACGCUGGACUCCACUAGUUGCAGCAGAUCGACACGCGCCGGUCGUAUAAUCACCCCCUCCCGAGAAAACCGAUGAUUAAUGAUACAGACUCGUGUCGGACAGUGACAUUGUGCUCCGAAAAAUCAUUAGAUUAAUAAUUUACGAAUAUAUGACAGAUAAAUUUAGGACACCGUAACAUGAAAGCAGUACUUGAAAAUUGAUAUAUCAAUGUAGUGAACAAAUCAUUUUAACCGAUGACUUAGAUUUUAAGUUCGUGAGGAGCAAGCGCGGAAAAUUUUAAUCAAGGAUAGAUAUUAAGGGUAAACUUUUAUUUCGAACUAUCGACUUGUGAAACAGAGCAGUUUGACAGGAUUACCUCGAAUCAUCUUCACGAAUAUUCUCCCGAUGUCUUUCGUGACGUUUAAAUGGUUCAAUAAUUAGUGACAAGCAUCUCUCCGUUGCAGCGGACUCUUACCGUACUGGAGCCGCGCCAAAAAAAAUCACGUUGCAUCAUCGAUUCAGGUUCCGCGGUCACCACAUGGUCAUCACAAUCCGGCCGUGACGUGCGGUUAAAUUUUAAGAGACUGCUGUCAGAGAAAAUUGACGGUUCCCGGAUUGAGCUAUCAACUGUGAUCGACAAACGCUCGAGAAAGCCAUCAGGUGCGAGCUCGUCUUGCCUCGUGGAAUGAUCGACGCGAUAUCAAUCGUGCGCGAGUGCUGCUACUCGAUAAUCGAGCCGGCUCGAUGCGCAACUAAGAAAAUCGUGACCGGCGAGGUAUCAAGAGGUAAUCGAUCAAGGUGCUAUCGCGCGAAAGUUGCGGUCACGGGAUACAUGAUGAUGUAAGGUAUCUACGAACGGUGCUGCGAAGACCGAAAUGACACGCGAUAGAAGGCUGCUGCUUCUGGGCCUGCUGAUGGUCUACGGCCUCUUCGUGGCCGAAUGCCGAUACCAUCAGCGCGACGACGCGGCGAUGACGACGACAGAGGCGAGACAUCGACAUAGGCACAAGCACGAAUCCUUGAAUCGAAAGAAUCAUCACGAGCUCGACAGGAGAUCCUGGCAGAAAGUUGAUUACGAAUACGACGGAGACUCCGAGGAUCCGGUCGACGAAGACGAUUAUGAAGUGCAAUCGUACUACGAUCAUCCCAGAUCGCAUCAUCGAUCCGCGCAGAGAGCUUAUCACGGCCGAAUGUUUGAGCCGCGUUAUCCGCCCAGAUACCACGAUGGCGGACAUCGCGGAAACUGGUACGACGAGGACAACGACAGGCGUAGAAUUCCGUCGCGAUAUAAUUCGAAGAAUUAUCGAUACAAACCCGGCAGAACUUAUUAUAGGCCCGCGUAUUCGCGCAAUCGCGACGUGUCGGAUUUCGAGGAUGUUUCGGAGGAGAAUUACGAUUAUGAGAAGCCGCACAGAUCAUACAUCGAAAGCGGCGAAGCCGAUACGCAUCGCGAGUGGUGGAGAAAUUCUAGGCGACACACAUCCUUCAAGAAAGAUAUAAAGAAUAGAAUGAACGGUUAUCGUAACGCGAGGAGGCAUCGCCUGGAAGAUCGUGCAGGUGUCAUCGAUCGUGCCGAUACGUUGAGAUUGACGGAUGAUUGGAAAGUAAGAUCGAACAUCUCGGAGACAAAAUAUCAUUUCACGAAAAAUGAUAAGAAGAUGGAAGAGGAUGAGGAUUACGAGGAUCAAGGUGGACUCGAGGAAGACGACAAAGAUGAAGAAGAGGAUGAUAUUUGGAAAAAUAUCGAUGACGAAGACAACGAAGAUAAUGAAGAAGAGGAAAUUGAUAAUGAUUUUAACGACAGCAAGACCAAAUCAUCCUUGAAGACUUAUGAAGAUAUCAUCAGGAGACUCACGUCCGACGACCCGACCACUCCUCCGAAGGCCACCGUCAAGAGGGAUUACCGGAACAUCGAAUCGAGAAAGCAUGCGAAACGCGACGGCUACAAAAAUUUCAACGAACCGAGAAAUGUCUCCAGACCGGUGGAUCUUCUCAGAUUCACGAACAGGCGGAUCGCGGAGAGCUCGACUGUCAAAUUCAUUGGUUCGAUCGGACAUAAGCUCCCGAAGAACGCGACCGAUGUAACGGAUAGUGGCAAUCGGCAGGAAAGAAAAAUCGCGGUCAGUACUAAAACCAAGAGCCUUGAGCAGGAUUACGAUGAGUAUCUGAACGCUCCGGAUAACGAGAAGGAGGACGACCUCGCUAAAGGUGGCGCCGAGGACGAUUCGGCCAUGCAAGCGGAUGUUAAUAAUAAUGAUUACACGGACGAUGACAACGGCGACGAGGACGAGACCCUCGCCACGUCGACGACCACCACGACCACGACGACCACGACGACUACGACGACUACGCCGAAACCAUCGAUCAAUCAGCACUACGAUUACAGGGACCAGAGAGCCUACGAUAGUGGUACCGGGGCUCAGUAUAACGGAUACCAAGCGAAAAACGACUAUCCGCCGAUGUCUGCGCAUAGCAUUCACAAGUGGCAGUCGCUAGGCACUCGCGAGGGUGUCAAAGAAACCAGGAGUAACAUGCAGCAAUACAACAAAAACGGUGCUGAAAUGAGAGAGGCCAUUCAGCACGCGAUGCAAGUCAACAGGGAAGGCAGCUGUCAGUGGCCACGUGCGCGAGUCAUUCCGGUACGUGACGUUUAUCCGAGUCCAUCAACCACCUACGUUCCACACUGCGCUAUCUUGCACAGGUGUUCGGACGACACCGGAUGUUGCAGAUCGGAAGCGCUCACCUGCGUGCCGAAGCACUCUCAUCGCGUCGAGCUUUUUUUCUACACGGCGAACGUAGCCGGCGGCACCGUAGUGGAGAAGCUAUCGUUCUACAAUCACACAGAAUGCGAGUGUAGGGAGAGGUCCAAAUACGAGGCCACGACGAACGAGAAACUUGGGGACCAGAGAGUGUAUCGGCACUCCUCGUCGCCCCCGCAAAACAUGAAGAAACCGCCAUCGAGAAAACCAUGCCGAUGCCCGUCGGAAUUCACGCCGAGAAUCACGCUGGAAGGCGCUUGUCAAUGUAAUUGCUACGACAGCAAUCAGAAUUGUAUAAAGACCAAACGCGGAAAGGGAUAUUUUUCCCUCGCGGACAGAAUAUGCAUUCAGAACAAUGAAUGUGCCCUGCCUAACUGCGAAUUCGGUGAGUACAUGAAACGACCAGGCAAAUGUCCAGGAAAAAGGGACACCUUCAACGCAAUGGCAGGUAGCGCAUACCGUACGAAUCUAAAUCAUCGAUUCAGAAGCUAGAGGAAUUAAUAUGCACGGAUAACAAAAGAAGAAAGAAUAACGGUUGCAUAAAAUAUAAUUCGUGUCGUGCCAAUGAAGAGAAAGAUAGCGUGAUGAAGCGCACGAGAAAUUGAUGGUGCCAUUUUCUUGUAUUUUUUUAAGUGUGUCUUCAUCAGAAAGAGAGAGAGAGAGAGAGAGAGAGAGAGAGAGAGAGAGAGAGAAAGAGAGACUCAUUAUAUAUGUAUAUGUGUACGUGUAUCCCCAUCAUUAUGUAUAAAUGUUACAUCGCAAUCCGGGCCCGUACGCGUAUAUCAUCAUCGCUUUUUCUUUUCUAUCGUUCAUCAACGAGAAUACGAUAGUAAUAAUGUGAUCGUUGAUUUUCAAUACCAGUAAUCGUCAGGGGAAUAAUAAAAUAUUUAAUAUUUCGAUGUUUAAGAGAGUGAGACGAGGAUCAAUUUAUAACGAUAUCGCGGCGGCUUGUCGGUGCGUUGAAAAUAAAAAAUAAAUAUCCAAGAUUUUACGAACACGUGUCAUUGAGAUAGGAAAAUAACAUUCUAUACAACUCUCAAGCGAUUUUUAAAAGAAUACGAUAUAAUGUAUACAUUAAUAAUUACCCUGGAAAAUUACCAGUGAUGAUAAAAAGUGCUUCUAGUUAUAAUUUUUAAACACAAAUGAUUAAAAAGAACUGCCUUUUUUGAGCAGCAAUCUCGUCGGCGAGGAAUCGCAUCGCUAAAAUUAUAUAGAUCUAAGAGGAUGCGAUACGUGUCUUUUACGUUAAUGGUAAUUUUAUGCGAUAAACGAUGUGUCGUAGUAUCAUAGUUUACGCUGAGAAGACCUCGGACGCGAGCCUAGUCUGAGAUCCUGUUUCCGUUAUGCGUGAAAAGAAACUUACAUUUCUUACAUCUCGCGAUAAAUGUUGAAUCCCUCUCAUUAUCAUUCCUUUCAUUAAAUAUAACUAUAUAUCAUUUUUUUAAUCUGAAAUGUAUUUACGAAAAUAAUUGCACCAAGUAAAUAAAAAUACCAAAGUCCGAAUGGACGUUCACGCAGAAUUGAAACAGAUCAUUAAUGUAUCCACAUAUUUUGUAUGUUACAUAAUAGAAUAUCUUUAUUGUAUUUAAUCGAGCAUUAAUGUAUAACGGCAUAUUCGUUAAUUUAAUAUUUAAAUAGUGGAUGUAAAACCGUACAGAGAGAGGAGAGCUGCGUGCUCUCUUCUCUUGCGUCUCUACGCAGGUGAUGUAACACGACGAAGGCUCUUUAUAAUCGCUGUAAGCGAUGCAGCCGCGUGUAUUUGUAACUUUGUAUUUUCUAUGUUAUUAAAAAAAUAGCAAAAUCACAAAGAAUUAGAAUAGGUCGAUUGUGUGCAUUGAAUCGUAAAUGCGUGCUUGGACUAUGCGAUUGUUUGCGAGAAAAAUAGCCAUUAUAAUGUUAAUAUCGCCGCUUCUUUACUACGUGAUUAUAAUAAUCUGAAAAUAUGAAAAAUAUAUCGAUUAUAUGCAA